CGCAUUUCCACUUAAAACCUCUGUUUUGAAACCCGGCCUGGACCGGCCUGUUCAACCCAAGCGGAUGGGUCGGUUUGUGUUUUCCGGUUAAUAGUAGCUGAUGCAAGUUUUUCUUUUGCAACUUUCCCAUGCGCUUGGGUAGGCGGUUCUUUAUGAGUGUGCCUCAUCCUUUUGAACUACUCAGUGUUCUCUCUUUUAGCGAAGUAGUUGAUUCAUGAACCAAGUAAUGCAAUUAGGCUACAAAGGUUUCUUCUUUCACAGCAGUAAACAGGUCAUUAGUAGCUUUGAAGCGACCCCAAGGAAUUUGAGAAUUGGAACAUUGUUCACUUGGAGGGCAAGAGCAAUGAGGUCUAAACCACUUGUUUCGUAUUCUUCAAAACCCGUGUCAUCAAUGCAGGAAGAUAACAAACUGAAAGGAGAAAUGGGUAUUAGCCCAAAUUCUGAUCAGGGUUUUGUCAAGGAAGAUGGUGAGAUAAGUAGAGCGACUGAAGAAAAGAAACAUAAAAAAUUGAAAGGAUUAGUGGGUACAAGCACAAAUACUGAGAAGAUAAUUAAGGGAAAUGGUGUGGAAAGUAAUUUAGUCAAUAUUCAGAGUAUCAGGGAUGAUCCCGGGAGAAUUGAGUUCAUGACAGUUCAAGAACUCAGAACUACAUUGAGGAGUAUUGGGGUCCCUCUCAAAGGUGGUAAACUUGCUCUUAUGUCUGCCUUGAAGGGUUAUGUAGAGAAAAAGAUAGGAGAGGAAAGUUCUCAUGUAGAAGUAGAACAUGUAUCCUCCAUUUCUUCAGAAAGAAUAUCUUUAAAAAGGAAGGGUAAGAAUAUAUCUGAUCAGGACCAUGUUCAAGAAAUUGACUCUGUUUCGGAGGUUUCUGUGCUUAAACGGAAUAAGAGAAAGGUUAAACAAUCACCGGUUGAGGAUAAACAAGUUGAAGUUAAUACUACAGUAAUCACAACCAAACGGAAGAUGUCAAUCAAAACUGAUGGGAUUUCAGUUGUUACUGCUGGUAAUGAAAUUCAAAGUGAACCUUGGACCGUUCUUGCCCAUAAGAAGCCCCAGAAAGGUUGGGUUCCCUACAAUCCUAGAAAUAUGAGGCCUCCACCCCCUCCAGAGGAUACUAAAUCUGUGAAGCUUAUGUCAUGGAAUGUUAAUGGAUUAAGAGCAUUACUGAAACAAGAGGGAUUCUCCGCAUUGCAACUUGCUCAAAGGGAAAAUUUUGAUGUACUAUGCUUGCAAGAGACUAAACUGCAGGAAAAAGAUGUUGAAUCAAUCAAACAAUCUCUCAUAGAAGGAUAUGAGAAUAGCUUCUGGACAUGUAGUGUUUCUAAACUUGGUUAUUCUGGUGCAGCAAUUAUCUCGCGGAUAAAACCACUUUCAGUCACAUAUGGCCUUGGUAUAGAAAAUCAUGAUAAUGAGGGACGGCUUGUGACAGCUGAGUUCGAUUCAUUUUAUUUACUAAACACCUAUGUUCCUAACUCUGGGGAUGGCUUGAGAAGAUUGUCAUCCAGGAUUACAGAUUGGGAUCCAUCUCUUGGCAGGCACAUGAAAGAGCUGGAAAAGAAGAAGCCUGUCAUUUUGACAGGCGAUCUAAAUUGUGCUCAUCAAGAGAUAGACAUUUAUAACCCUGCUGGAAACAAAAGAAGUGCUGGCUUUACAGAUGAAGAAAGGCAAUCAUUUGGCAAGAAUUUCUUAUCUCAGGGAUUUGUGGAUACCUUCAGAGCACAACAUCCUGGCGUUGUUGGCUAUACAUAUUGGGGUUAUCGGCAUGGUGCGAGAAAAACCAAUAAAGGAUGGAGACUUGACUACUUUCUUGUCUCAGAAUCCAUAGCCGACCAAGUUCAUGAUUCGUACAUUCUUCCUGAUAUUGGCGGUAGUGAUCAUUGUCCAAUUGGGCUUGUACUCAAGCACUAGUUCUUCCAAUGCCUCUGGAUGGAAAGGGAAGUACAAUGAUCCCAGAGCUAUUUUUAACUUUCCUCCUUGGUUGCUUAUUUUAUUAUAAAAUUUUGGAGAUAUGGGAAGCUCUGACUGUACAGAUGGAAAUUUUGUUGUCAUGUAAAAGUAAAACAUGUGCUGAUUUUGGGAAUUAGAAAUUUGAUUUAAGAAAGUUUUGUGUGUGAGAGUUGCGAUUUGUAAUAUUAAAAAUAUUAUUUUAAUAUUUCAUUAGAUUGGUUUUU